AGAAGAAAGAUCAAGAUUGAAUACAUCAACGACAAAUCAAGAAGACAUAUUACAUUCUCGAAAAGAAAAGCGGGUAUUAUGAAAAAGGCUUAUGAACUCAGUACAUUGACAGGCACACAAGUCUUGUUGUUGGUUGUAUCUGAAACAGGAUUGGUCUAUACGUUUACAACGCCCAAGCUGCAGCCACUUGUAACAAAACCUGAAGGGAAAAGUCUGAUUCAGUCAUGCUUAAAUGCGCCUGAU